CCGUUGCUCCUCUGUUUUCUUUUCCUCGCUCGCUGCUCUGCUUUCCUUCUUUCCUUGCUUCACUUCUUGUCUGACAAAGCACUUGCCGGUCGCGGCUUGCUGCUCACAUUCCACACUCCACACUCCCCACUCACGCGCUCAUGAACACUCAACACUCUUGAAGGUCGCAUGCACUCGUUCGCAUCACAGCAGUGUCACACCCUCUCUCCUUCUCUCUCUCUUGCUCUGCAAACACUCCACAACGAAUACGCAACGAACACGCAACUGCACAGUACACACACCUUACCUGACUGCAAACAAGCAACUGCUGCAAGCUACUGCAAAUAAGCAGCCAUGCCGUCAAAGGCGCCCUCCAACACACAGAGUCCACAAAGGCACAAGGAAAAGAAGAAGAUUGUGUUCUUCCAUCCUGAUCUGGGCAUCGGGGGCGCAGAGCGUCUCGUUGUCGAUGCAGCGCUGGCGUAUCAGAGCCGUGGGCACAACGUCACCAUUGCCACGGCACACCAUGAGCCCCAUCGGUGUUUCUCGGAAACUGCGGAUGGCACAAUCGACGUCAUCGUGCGCGGCGAUUGGCUUCCGCGGUCCUGCAUGGGCCGUUUGCACGCCUUCUUCGCAUACCUCCGCAUGAUCUACCUCGUCAUCGCCGUCUCCCUCACCACAUCCUACGAUGUUGCUUUUGUUGACCAAGUGGCUGCGUGCAUUCCGUUUGUCCACCUCAUCGCAAAGGCGAAAGUGCUCUUCUAUUGCCACUUCCCCGACAUGCUCCUGACACAACGCAAGACGCUUCUCAAGAGGCUCUACCGCGCCCCCAUCGACUAUGUCGAGGAGACGACAACCGGCAUGGCGGAUGUCAUCAUGGUGAACAGCAUGUUUACGCGCCAGACCUUCUUCCAGACCUUCACCUCUCUCCGCUCCCGCGACCCGCUUGUUGUCUACCCAAGCCUCAACUUCUCCUCCUUCGACGGCCAAUCCUUCUCCACAUCUGCCGCCAACAAGCUUGCAGGCACGAUGCGCCCACGCGUGUUUCUGUCCAUCAACCGCUAUGAGCGGAAGAAAAACCUGUCGCUUGCGCUCGAUGCACUGGCAGCGCUCAGGGACGAACUUAGGAGUGCGGACCGCGCACGCGAAUGGAACGACGUGCACCUCGUGCUCGCUGGCGGGUAUGAUCCACGCCUGCAGGAGAACGUGGCCUACUUUGACGAGUUGAAGGCGCGGGCGACAACACUCGACAUCCAAGACCACGUCACGUUCAUUCGCUCGUUCAGUGACGCAGACAAAGUUCAGCUGCUGCUGCGGUGCACGUGUCUGGUGUACACGCCAGACAGGGAGCACUUUGGCAUCACGCCGCUCGAGGCCAUGUACAUGGGCCGACCUGUCAUUGCGGUCAACUCUGGAGGGCCUGUUGAAACGGUUGUGUCUGCAUCGACACACGAGCCGAAGGACAGCACCGGAAUCCUCUGCCAGCAGACGAGCGCCGAGUUUGGAAAGGCGAUGCUGAAGAUGCUGGAUGAAUCGUUUGUGCGCCAGCUCUCCAGCAACUGCAAGCAGCACGUCGUCAGCAAGUUUUCCUUUGCGUCGUUCACGCAGCGCCUGACGCGCGCCCUGAAUGCAUGAUACAAUCGUGGCAGUUGUUUAAUGUUGCCCUCCAACCCCAACCCCCAAAACCAAUACAUUAAACGUAACCGUCCACAUUGUCCUGAGCCAAGAGCAAAUAUGCAACAUUCACUCACACAUGAACACGUACACAUGAACGCAUGCAUACGUGUCAUGCAUGUACGCUAGUUGUGUCCUUUCCUGUCAUUCUCGCUCGCCUGUUCGCCAGCGUACUUGCCGC